GUUGAUCAAUCAACUGGAAACCCUCAACCAACACCGAAUUAAUCCCCACUUAAAAAAAAAAAUAAUUACCUUUCUUAGUUCUUUGUUAUUAACCACAAAAACUGAAACCCUCAAACGCACGCAAUCAUAAAGCUGGAAAUCAAGUUCACUGCUGUUAAGGGUCUUCCAUUUUUCUGUGGUUUAAGGGAAGUUUGGUUGGUUGCAGGGAUCUGGUAAAAGUUUCCUGUUUAAUCGAUCUGUUGGGGAGGUGUGGAAAUUAGAAAAGGAAAGGGGAAAAUAAAAAGGAGAAAGGGAUAUGGUGGGAUGAGGGGAAAAUGGCUAGAGAAAGUAGACCCAAGGCUUUGGGUUCCGGGCAGUGCUCGUAUAAAAGAAUAACACUGAUUGUUUGCUUCGUUAACAUUGUUAUUGCUCUCUUUGUUCUUCGUUCUCUUUAUUCUUCGCUCUACAUUUAUUCAAAUAAAGAUAAUGCUGUAAAGUAUACACCAGAUCAGAUUAGGAAAAUGGAAGAAUCAGAUAAGAUUCGAAGAGCUAGUGAACCUAUAGAGCUUGUUAAAUUGGUUAAGCGAAUAAAGCAUGAAUUAUCGAGUGACGAAUCGUUGGCCGAAUUGCCACGGGCGGUUAAGCAUAAGAUAACUGAUGAAAUCUUACAGAGAUUGAGAAGUUUAAGACCAAAUGCCAGUAUCAGUGACCAGCAAGAAGCGGUUGAAACCUGGCGCAAGGAGAAACUAAAAGAAGCCAAAACGUUGGCCCUCGGAGGAGAGGGGUUGAAUUCAACUCUUUUGCAAGAGGAAGCAGGGAUGUUAGUAAAAGCCUUGGAGUCCAAUUGGGCUGCACUAUCGGAAGAAAUCGGCCUUUGGAUACCCACUGAAGUCAUUAAUCAAGAACAUGAUGAUAAACCUGAGGGUGUGGAAGAUACAGAAGAGGUGGACCAAAUUUUAGCUGGGAGGCCGCUUCCACCACAAUGCCAUGCUGAACUUCACACGGAUUAUGAUGGUGCAGCCGUUAGAUGGGGUCUUACCCACCACAAAGAAAGUGCAGCCGAUUGCUGCCAAGCUUGUUUAGAUCAAGCAAAAAAUGCAAAGCCAGGUGAAAAGAAAUGCAACAUAUGGGUUUAUUGUCCGUUAGAGAACGGUUGCUAUUCCCCAGAUAUAUAUCAACACAAACACAUGGAAUGCUGGCUGAAAUUCUCAGAGAAGCCAAGAUUGAACUUUAAAAACCGAUAUUCCGAACAAUAUCGAGACAGACACCCAAAAGCACCUGUUAUGGUUCCUUGGGUAUCAGGUAUUAUUAGUGAAUGACUGAAUUUUUAUCAACGGAGACACCGAGAACAGGCAGAGUCAAUUCGAGACAACAUAACAGACUCUAGUUCUAUUGAAAUCUUUUGAUGAUGGCCCCAUUUAUAUCAUAGACAAAUAGACCUAUGGUUGUUACAAUAUAAUGUGUUGUCUUUUUGGAACAUGGGGGAAAAAAUGGAACCUUUUCACCUCCACUUUUGACAUGGAAAUUCUUUUUGUACCAGUAAUGGUGUCUAUCGGAUGUGGCCUAAUUUCCAUCUCAAGCAGAAUUUGAUAGACUUUUAUGAGAUGAGAAAGAGACCCUGUUAUCGUUCUUAGGUUGAGAUUACAAUUAAAAGAAAUGGAAAAAAAUGCCUGCAAUGGCAAUAUGAAUGUGAA